AUGUCCUCAGCGGGAGUCGCCGCCGCCGACGGCGGUUCACAGAUAUACUUCUGCCACGAAUGCGAGCGCACGGUCAGCAUCACCCCCUCCCUCACUGGCGAUCUACUUUGCCCCUCAUGCCUCUCCGGCUUCGUCGAAGAAUACGAAAACCCUAACCCAAUCACACCCGAUCCGUUUUCUUCGGACCCGCUCUCCACAUUCCUCAGCCACCUCCUGUCACCUUCUGCUUCAAACCGCGUUGUCUUGCAAAACCAGGGUGGCGACAUGGCCCGAGAAUAUCUCUUCGGGUUUGACCACGAUGACCGACAGUCAACAAUCAGGUCGGACGUUUUUGACCCGUUUGCAUAUCUGAUGAACCUUCUGGCAUCUCAACGGGCCACUGGGGUUAACUAUCAGUUCGUGGUGGGUAACCAACCUUCAGGGUUUUCGCUGCCAGCUGACAUGGGAGAUUAUUUUAUGGGGCCAGGCUUUGAGCAGCUGAUCCAGCAGUUAACGGAAAAUGAUCCAAACAGACAUGGGACCCCUCCAGCCUCCAAGUCGGUAGUUGAGGCCCUGCCCAGCCUUAAAGUAGACGAGACUUUACUGAAAUCGGAGCUGGCUCAAUGUGCUGUAUGUAAGGAUGACUUUCAGUUGGGAACAGAGGUGAAGCAGAUGCCCUGCAAGCAUGUCUACCACAAUGACUGCAUUCUGCCAUGGCUAGAGUUGCAUAACUCAUGCCCCGUGUGUCGCCAUGAGCUUCCAACAGAUGAUCCAGAUUAUGAGAACAGGGCCACAGCCUGGGGUACUUCGGGUAAUUCCAGUGGAAAUGGAGUAUCACAGGGAAGUGGUGCUAAUAACAGUAAUGAUAAUUCUGCUGGGGAUCCUCAGGGACGCAGGAUAGUCGAGAGGAGCCUAAUUAAAUGCAGUUCAGCUUGUGCGAUGGCAGAGUUUAGAAGAGCCCAUCUCAACUGA